AUGGGCUUGGGUCUAUUCAAUGGAACCUGCCCGGUUCCCAACUCUGUGAUCGAAGAGCCCAACGCAGAAGAGCCAUUCAUUGGAGACAUCAGCUUCCAGCGUUUCCUCUUCUACAUUGGAAGUGCCUUCACGAUCCUCACCACCGCUCUCGCCGUCCUCCUCGCCGUUCGACAUUUGACCUGCUAUGUUCGCCCUCGAGAGCAACGGCAGAUUGUUCGGAUAGCAUUCUAUCCUGUCGUCUUCUCCCUCUUCAGCUGUUUCUCGAUCCUCGACUAUACCGCUUCUCUGUACCUCAUUCCCCUGGCCUCGAUAUACGAGCCUGUUGCUUUGGCCGGGAUCUUCCUGCUGUUUGUCGAGUUUGCCGAGCCCGAGCCCGAUUUGCGCGAGAGAUACUUCGAGACGCUUCAACAUCGACGCAAGGUCGGAGGCAAAUUCGGCUUUGGCGGGAAAUGGCAGGAUGAACAAGGCGGUUGUCCCCGCUGGUACCAUGCCAAAUACGUCGCACUCUUCAUCUACUUCGUCGCCUCGAUUAUCAUCCAUAUCGCAGAGCUCAUCCUUCAGGGCGCUGACCGUCUCUGCGAGUACACAUUCAGCCUCAAAUUUGGCAACAUCUACGUGAUUGUCAUCUCUGACAUCGCACUCGGCAUCGGAGUGUUGGCCGUCAUCCAGUUCUAUGCUCGCAUGAACAAAGAGGCACACUUCAAAGCACACAGCCCGACCGCGAAGCUGUUGACGUUCAAGGGCAUCAUCGCGUUGAUGUUCCUGCAGCAAACAAUCUUCUCGAUCCUCCGAACGCACAACGUCUUCAAAGCCCACCCCAAGAUCACGGUUCGCGACCAGCAUAUUGGGAUCCAGCAAUGUUUGGUCUGUCUAGAGAUGCUCCUGGUCGUUCUCUCCUUCCACUUCUCCUUCCGUGCAGGCGAAUAUCGCCAAGCGAAGCGGAAUGGAGCAAGCACAAUGUCCGUAUUCCGUGCCGCCGGCAACGCGCUCAACAUCAUGGACCUGAUCUGGGGUGCGGGUCAUGCUGUCAGCCUAAUGCGAGCCGGCAUGGGUCCGAUCGGAGACGGCAGCUGGAAGCGCUCUGGAGGUUACCAAUCAGUCAAGGACCUGAACCGAGACACGUCUCCAUACGGUGGCAGAAGCGCUCGUGGUAUGCGAAUGAAGCAUUUCCGUGAACGUAACGGCAGUGUGGGGAGAUCGGCCUCGCCAAACCCACCACCGGACUACACUUACAGCGAUCGAAGACCAUUGAGGGAGCCAAGUCCAUAUCGCGGGAUGCAGGUCAGCGCGCAGAACGAGGCGUUCGUGGGAGACGUGGCUGUUGCGCAGUACGAACAGGGUGGACGACUGGCUCCAUCGGCGGAUUACUCGCACAAUCCAUACCGGGCUUAG